UGCUAUUAUUUUUUAAUCAUAAAAGAUUCUACCCUUCCAUUCGGCUGCAGAGCAUAUAUAUAAAAACCGACCAACAGCUAGCCCUACAAAACGCAACUAAUCAAAAACACUUCAUCGCCGACCAUCAUGCCUUCUUUCGUUCCGACAACAAUACUCCUCCUCCUCCUCCUCCUCUUUUCAGCGACCACCGUCGUCGUCGUCGUCAGAAGCGGCGGCUACAACGGAGACUACAUGUUCGGUUACUGCAGCCCCAACAGAUUCGUGUACUCCACUGCCAACUUGAUCGAAAAAGAUAGAGUCGUGAACGAGGCGAUGUCUGGCACGUACGGCGGCCAGGAGAAGCAGGAGAAAUGUGCCUUUUCAACAUCCGGCGGCGGCGGCGGCUCCUUUUUCUGUGCUUAUGCUUUCUGCAGGUCGCUGUCUGGCGACGACUGCCGGGAUUGUCUAAACGAAGCCGAAUCGCAGUUGGAGAGCAGGUACUGCAGGGAUCGGGAUGGAGGGCAGCUGCUUCUGAUGGAUUGCUUCUUGCGCUACGAGACAUAUCAAUUCUGCACCUAGCUAGGGAAGAAAACAAGACAUGUGUAUGUGUUAGUCUACUUCGUACGUGGUAGGCUAUGAAUAAUGUUGUUGUUCGAAAACCGAAAGAGAAAUCGACAUAAUGCAAGAAAGUAAAGAACGACGCCACAGAUUUAUAUAUGUGAUUCACCAAUACGAUGUGACAGAGAUAGUCGUUUCACUAUAAUCGAGGAGAUAUACAUAAUACAGAGAUUGAGGGAGACCUCGCAGAAGUUACAGUCAAUGACAGGAAAUCUAUCUUCACAUACCGAUGAACCAACUAGUAGAAGAGUGAUAUAAGAUUCAUAAUUAACAUUCUUUUCAAUA